UGUCUACUUUAUCCCAUCAGUGUGAAUGUAAAACAUAAUGCGAACAUAUUAAAGAUUAAACAAUGAAAUCAAACAAACAAGCUCCGUUGUGUCAAUUCAGAACGUCGAGCGUAAUGACGUCGCGUAAUCGUUGCCGUGGCUACACCAUACACACGGAAGUUAGUUACCUUAUGCACCUGUUUACACUUCCAAACGGGAAAGGGGACAAAUCAAUACGUAUUUACUCAAACGAAGUAGCUUCGAGACAGUUUUUUUCCGACUUGAGACUUCUUUUUUGGAUUUUUUUUUAAACAUCAACCUUAACCUUUAUGGACAAAUUAAAGAAAGUUUUGAGUGGCCAAGAUGGCAAUGACGACCUUAACGUACUACAGGCAGCGAAUGAAGCAUCGACACUGGGAUGGGGCACGCGGGUCAAGGGAUUCAUCGCGUGUUUUGUGUCGGGCGUCUUGUGUUCAGUUUUGGGGACCUGCUUGCUUUGGGUUCCGAGAACCGGACUGAUACUUUUUGCAGUCUUUUACAGUUUAGGUAAUAUUGCUUCUCUUUUAAGCACAAUGUUCUUAAUGGGCCCAUUAAAGCAACUCAAGAGGAUGUGUGACAAGACGAGAGCUCUGGCAACUGGCAUUAUGAUUACAUGCCUGGUGCUAACCUUUUGUGCUGCUUUUUGGUGGAAGAACAAAGGCCUUGCUCUGCUGUUCUGUAUCCUCCAGUUUUUGGCUUUUACAUGGUAUAGCUUGUCCUACAUUCCUUUUGCAAGGAAUGCAAUUAUUAAGUUGUUCUCCACGUGCUUCAAGUGAGGUGCCUCUACAUUUGGCCUCAGCUCUCUCUGUGUGUGCUGCGUUUGCUCCAGCUUCAGUUUUGCCUUCAGUGCCACUCAUGUACCCACUCUGCAGCCGGGCACAAACACCUCACCACACUACAGGCUCCCCUUACUCUCCCCAAUGGACGGAGAGUGUCCAUCUGUGUGAACAAGCACACACAGACAAUUACUCUCUCUCUCUUACACAAACACACACCUGUGCUUUGUUCAAGUAGAAAACUAUAAAGAGUUAAACAAAUACCGAGUAACAUCUUAUUGGGUAAAUGGUUGCGUUUCGGUCUUGUGAACGUAGUGACAAGUUUUGUGCAGCAAGAUAGGGCAGCUUAUUUAACUGUUGUGUAAUUGCUUAAUAAUUCCUUCCUACGUGCCUUCAUCUCUGCCUUCAUCCAAGGAUUACUUGAGGACUAGAUUGGGUAGAAAAGUAACCAGUGUUGCAGUUAUUUACUAUUUAGAUUUAUUUAUUUUUUUGCAAGAACAAGAUAAUGAUUAAGGGCUUUCUA